UCCGGCAGCCCCGCACCCCCCGGGCCCCGCGCCCCCCGCCGCCCCCGCGCCGGCCCCGCCAUGCGCAGGGAGAUGAACGGGGUCACUAAGAGCCGCUUUGAGAUGUUCUCAAACAACGACGAAGCUGCGAUCAACAAAAAACUGCCCAAAGAGCUGCUGCUUCGAAUUUUCUCUUUCCUGGAUGUGGUCACUCUGUGUCGUUGUGCUCAAGUUUCCAGGGCAUGGAAUGUUCUGGCCCUGGAUGGCAGUAACUGGCAGCGAAUCGACCUGUUUGAUUUCCAGAGGGAUAUUGAGGGCCGAGUGGUGGAGAACAUUUCCAAGAGAUGUGGGGGAUUCCUGCGGAAGCUGAGCCUGCGGGGCUGCCUGGGAGUGGGGGACAACGCCCUAAGGACCUUUGCCCAGAACUGCAGGAACAUCGAAGUGUUGAACCUCAAUGGUUGUACCAAGAUCACGGACGCCACCUGCACCAGCCUCAGCAAGUUCUGCUCCAAACUCAGGCACCUGGAUUUGGCUUCCUGCACCUCCAUAACCAACCUGUCCCUGAAAGCACUCAGCGAGGGAUGCCCGCUGCUGGAACAGCUCAUCAUCUCCUGGUGCGACCAAGUGACCAAGGACGGGAUCCAGGCGCUGGUGCGGGGCUGCGGGGGGCUCCGGGUCCUGUCCCUCAAGGGCUGCACCCAGCUGGAGGACGAGGCCCUCAAGUUCAUCGGUGCCCACUGUCCUGAGCUGGUGACCCUGAACCUGCAGACCUGCCUGCAAAUCACGGACGAUGGGCUCAUCACCAUCUGCAGGGGCUGCCACAAGCUGCAGUCCCUGUGUGCUUCUGGCUGCUCCAACAUCACUGAUGCCAUCCUCAACGCCCUGGGACAGAACUGCCCACGCCUCCGAAUAUUGGAAGUGGCGAGGUGUUCCCAGCUGACCGACGUGGGCUUCACCACCCUGGCCAGGAAUUGCCAUGAGCUUGAAAAAAUGGAUCUGGAAGAGUGUGUCCAGAUUACAGACAGCACACUAAUCCAGCUUUCCAUACACUGUCCACGGCUGCAGGUCCUGAGUUUAUCCCACUGCGAGCUGAUCACGGAUGAUGGGAUCCGUCACCUGGGCAACGGCGCCUGCGCCCACGACCGCCUGGAGGUGAUCGAGCUGGACAACUGCCCCCUGAUCACCGACGCCUCCCUGGAGCACCUCAAGAGCUGCCACAGCCUGGAGAGGAUAGAGCUGUACGACUGCCAGCAGAUCACACGGGCCGGGAUCAAGAGACUCAGGACCCACCUGCCCAACAUCAAAGUCCACGCCUACUUCGCCCCGGUGACCCCCCCGCCCUCGGUGGGCGGCAGCCGACAGCGCUUCUGCAGAUGCUGCAUCAUCCUAUGACACUGGAACCUCCUCCCAGCAAAGCGGGGCUGGAGCCACGCCCGCGGCAGCCCGGGCACGCCGGAACCCUGGAGGAGAGCGAUGCCAGUGGCAUUUGGCAGGGCCAGUGAGCAGGGCUGGGGUGCCCUGUAGCCACCCACACACCCCCCCUGUGAUCCCAGCUGUCCCGGCGGGAUGAGGGACUGGGGAAGGAGCUGCAGCUGUGCCGGCUUUUCCCGGGGUGGAUUGGCCUCAUCCUGAACCAUUCCUGCUGGGAAUUCCUGGGAAUACCCCAGGGGAAGCCCCUGCGGGGAGGAGGGGAGGGCUCCCAGCCUGGAGGGACUGAUGCUGCUGGUGGGGUUGGAAAAGGAGCCGAGAUCCUUGGAAGUGGGGAGAGGGGAGAGGAGAGGAACACGCUCUAACCCCGUUGUGCGGAAGGGAAAAUCCCAACAACCCCAAACGCCCCAACAAGUCCCAUGUCCCUUUGUCAGUGAGGGAAUGAAGCAGCAGCUGCUGAGCCAGGAUGUUCCUGGGAUCCAGGAUUUCCCUGGGAUCCAGGAUGUACCUGGGAUCCUGGAUUUCCCUGUGCUUCCCUGCUCCCACCUGAGCAUGCUCACAUGAAGGCUCAUCUUCCCUGUGUCCGUGGCAUCCAGCUCAGAGGCUUCCCAGAUUCUUCCCAGAUUGUUGUGACAGAGCUUGGAAUUUCUAAUGCCACAUAUUUUACCCUCCUCAAAUCCUGGGUUUUUUUUUCUUUUUUUCCUUUUUUUUUUUUUUUUUUUUUUUUUUUUUUUCCAAUUUUUUCCCCAAUUCAGUCAUUUCUUGAGAUUUCCCAGUCCAAAGCCACAAAUCCAUAAGGAUUUUUUUCCCCAGGAGAAGCCUGAACCUGUGGUGUGCUGUCAGGAAGAUUUUAAAGGAGCACGGGGAUCUGCACCCCAGGCUGGGCUCUCCUGGCCUGUGUGAUCAGGGAUUGGGCAUCCAAAUUUACCCCAAAUCCGGAUUUUAUCCCAAUGACAAGGAUCUAAUUCUCCAUACAGGGAAUGGUAUAUACACAAAUAUAUAAUUCUCAGUACAGGGAGAAAGUUCCAGUCCGUGUUCCAACGACUGUGAGUUCCCUCCUCCCGUCCUUUCCCUCCAUCCUCCCCCCAAGGAAAAGCAAAGUAGAGCUUUUUGCUUGUUGCCCUGAUGAAGAAUUAAGGAUUCCCUGACGGAGCAGGGCUGGGAUCCACCCUCACCCCCUGUGAGGGCCCUUCCUGACCUCCCCACCCUCCUCAGGUAAGUGUGGUGCCCUGCAGGGAGCCCCGGGAUGGGGUUUGGAUGUGCCAGGCCCAGCUCUGGGGGAGUGGGGGGGGGGGGGUCAGUGGCUGCUUUUUUGGGGCGUUUCAGGCAAAACCGGCGCAGGGGAGCCCGGACCGAGCGAAUUCCAGGGGCCCGGUGUGGAACUGCUGGGCAGAUCCCAAGGGUUUACGGGGGCAGGACUGGUCAGACUGGGGCAGGUCCGUGGGAGCUCCCUGGAGCCGGGAGCUGGGGCUUCCCCUCGGUGCUGAGGAAUCUCCUGGUGGGGAAAGAGCAGCUGCAGCACCAGGAAUGGCUGCUUUAGGGGCUGGGGGGGGGGGGGGGGGGGGGGGGUUUCCCACCAGGAAUUCCCAGGCCAAUGCGCUGUUCCCAGCAGGAGGGUCCCAGGUGCCCCUGGAGCUGCACCCCUUCAUCUCCCCCAGCCCCCCCAGUCUGUGCUCACGCUCUGCUGGGAGCAACUCCAGGCUGCUGUGGUUAAAAGGAUACUGUCAAUGCCCUCCUGUAGAUGGCUUUUAAUCCCUUAUAUUUAUUCAAAUCCCCUUUAGCGCUGUGGAUUCUCCCCCUCUCCUCGGGCGCCUUCAUUUCCAGAACUUUCUCCAGGUUUCAGGGUGGCAGAAGAUGGUGGUGGCAGACUGGACGGGUCACCCAGCACUCACAGGAUUUGCACAACUCUGGGAAAAUAAAAAAAACAAAACACUUUUGUUUAGUUCCUACUGUGGCAGGGGAGAGCGACGAGCAGGAUUUUGGAGCCAGGGCGUAGUUGGCUGACUGAUCCCUUUGUAACAGAGCAGAGUUUUCCAGGGAAAACUCGGGAACACAGAACCCAAAGCAAUUUAUUUUCUGUUUGCAGACCAGGGUGACAGCAUUAAGGUAGCUCAAACUUCUUGACAGUGUCCUUUUAAGUCAAUUAUCCGUCUUCAAAUGGACUCUUCCUGAUGUUUAUAUUUAUAAAUACCAAUAAACACCAUUUUCCAA